GCAUGAUGUUUGCAUGAACGUGACACGCGGUAUGGAUGGGCGCGCCGCCCACUGAAAUUACUUUAAAGUUCAGUCUCGACGUCCACUCCGCGCGGUCCGCCUGUUUCCCGCCACAGCUGACAUAACAAAAAAAAAAAAGAAAAUAGUUUGUGUUUCCAAACGAAAAUAAUCAAUAGUUUUUUAAGUUUUUUUUAAAAAGAGGGAAUCGGUUAUAUUUGAUACGUUUCGUUUUUCAUACUUGUGUUUCGAUUAUAUAUUAUGACGAGUGUUUGUGUUUUAUUUGGAUGAAAAUAAUAAUUCUCUUCAAAAGAAUCGGAAACGCAAGCUCCUGUGCCGAGUUACUCACACGAGAAACGACCACGAAACGCCCGUGCGUGGUGCGAGGUGAAAGACCGCGGACGAUCGAGACGUCCCCCCGAACACUCCCGAAGGCGACGCCACCGCGAUGGCGUCCGCCGACACAUCGACCGCCAGCAGCCAGAUCUCCGCCUUGCCAGUCGAAGAACACAAGCGUAUCGUCGACGAGUCGCUCCUCACCAAAAUGAAGAGCCUCGUCGAAAGGAUAAGGCUGGAGAACACGACCUUGAAGAAGUCGCUCGACAUCGAGCGGAGCGAAGUCAGAGCACUUAAAGCCCGUUAUGACAGCGCUCUCAGGAAUCUAAAGACUGAACACAGGAAGCGAGAAGAGUUCUUAGAAAAACAGUUGAGAACCAUCGCUAGGCCCCACAAACAGACGGACGAUGCACAGUCCGCUUGUGGCAGACUCACAGACGUCAAAAGAUUAACAACAGAGGUUCAGUCUUUAAAAGCAGCCUAUAAGGGUCUUCAAGAAAAACUUAAGGUCGCACAAUCGGCGGAGUGCGCACGCGCGGCUGAGCUCAGGGCCCAGGCGGCGAGACACGCGGCUCUGGAGCAAGCCGCACGAAGGGAUGCACGUGCGCAAUGCCAUAAACUGCUGGAGGAAAUCAAAUCGAAGGAGCGGACAAUAGCACUGCUGAAACGAGAGGCGGCAAAAUCGACCGCGCAACAAAACGAUCAGGCGCAGAGAAUGGAGUGCGGAGCCAAUGAAUUCACCAGGAAACUGCGUGUUGAUCAGGGAAAAGAAAAGAGUAAUCGUGAAGAUCUAAAAACGGAUAUUCAACACAGGAAAGAAACGUUUUACAGGGAGGCUCCUUCAGACGAAGAUUCGGCGGUAUCGUCCGCGCCCGCCUCUCUCUCACCGCAACCACUUAGCGAUAUGUGGUCAUGCGGGCAGUGCCGUUUGUCCGUCGAGCGCGCCACAGCCGCCGCUCGCGAGUGCACCAGGCUAGAGGACGCGCUCAGAGACGCGCGAGACCAGCUCGAGCUCAUGGAGUUCCGCCUGCUGGAGUUGGAGGACGCGCAUCCCGACAAGGGUGCUAGGGAUAACCUAACAGACUCAGAUUCGGGCUGCGUGUCUCCCGGGUCCCGAAUUAAGGAUUCUGCCUCGCCUGAACUCAAACGAAUGGAUUCCGGGUACAAAUCACCCCACGCUCCAAGCAGUCCCUGUAACCCGCGGCGACAUUUGGGCUCCCACGACGAUUUCAAAGAAGACUUCGCCAAAGCCCAAGUUCUCGCAGACAUCUUAGAUCGAAACUCCGAAGCGACUAGUGAUUCGUUGAGAAGUAAUCCAGUUAAAGAGCAUCUGGAACAAAUGAUAUUGAACGCUGCAUCCGCCGAGGACAGGGGCUGUCUGGAGCAAGUCUUAAUGCUGCUAUACAACCUUCAAGCUUUGAGCAGCUCAGUCAGCGAAGAUGAGUGCUUUCAGGCAAAACCGAAACGACUAUGCGACCUAAGAGUUAACGCAGACAUUCCGGCGCACAAAACUCACAAAGCGAUCGCAACGGUCACACCGUACCAACAGAAGGGCUACAAAUGCGAAUCCCUGGAGAGCCUUAGCGAGGACAGGAAGCCGAUAAACGUUUUGCAGGAGAGCGGCAUCUUCGAAGGAGUCGAAACAGAAACGAGAAGCACACAGACGGACGUUAACGAAAACUUUGAAUGCACCGGUGAACUGAACACUGAAAUUCAACGACUGAAUAGUAUUAGGGAGAAACUUGAGAGGCAAGCUAGAAAUAAGACGAUAAGCGUGAAAGACGACGGCGAGGGCCUGGAGUGUAGAUGCGUGAAGCUGGGGAAGAAGCACAAGCAGUAUUACGAGAGGAGGCUUAAGUUCUUGGAGGGAAAGAUCUCUAUUUACGAGGCGGCUCAAGACGUCAAAGAAUCUAAACUCGCCCAGAGGCUGCAAAAGGAGUUUCUGCUAGAAAAUAAGAUUGAGGAAUUGGAAACGCAAUUAGCGGACCUUCAAGAGAAAUAUGAGAGGCUAGAAGAGGAUUGUUGUGAGUUGGAAGAAAUUGAGAACGAUACGCGCUUGCAUUGGCAGCAGCUGGAGAUGGACUACGAGCUGUGCUCGGCGCAGCUCAGAGAUAUGACGGAGCAACGGGAAUGUUCGAGGGCCCAGGCCGAGCGACUCAUGGCGGAGCUCAGCAACAGGGAAUGUGCGCUCAAGGCCAGAGAGAACGAGCUAGUGUCGCGGCUGGACAAGCUGGAGAAGGCCGUCCCGGCGCUGAUAGCGUGGAACGUGCUGCAAGUCAUCGGGGCUAGUGUGUCGGCGGGGGGUCAGCGAGCGUUAAUGAAUCGAAUGGGUCCGUACAACCAGAACACGAAACUGGUCAUAGCUCAAAUCAAGCAGGAGUCUAAGAAGGGCGGCUGUGGAGCCCUGGUCGCGUGGGGCGAGCCCCCCGCCGCGCCCCCCCCGCGCCGCGCCGAGCUGCAAGAACAGCUCACCAAGUUACUAUCAGAGAAGAACGAGAUAGAAAAGCGAUCGUCACAAGUCCAGAACAAUUUAGAGAGGAAGAUACGGGAGUUAGAGGAAGAACUUGAGACCGCCAGGAGACAGGUAGCGGCCGCCGCCUGUGGGGCUGAAGUCAAGAAGGAAAACAUCGAAGGGAAGAUUGAGGACUUGGAACAGAAAAUACGAAAGGAGAAGGAAGACGAAAAGCUCCCAGUUGAUCCGACGAUGGGCAGCAAGAUUCGGGCGUUGCUGAUCAGCGAACAAGACUUGAAGAGCAGAGUGGCGGAGCUGGAGAGACGGGAGACUGCGUAUCUGGAGAUGCUGACGCAAGCAGACGACAUGUGGGCCGAAAUGGAGGGCGGAUACAAGAAGAAGAUUGAAGAGUCGCAGGCCGCGGAGACGCAGUUGAAAGGAAAGAUUAAAAAACUCGAAUCAGAAAGAGACGAAUGGAAGAAGUACUUCGAGCCUAUAAAGCAGAAGCUUCGCGAAGUGGAAGAGAGCGAGUCCGGCCUGCGCAUAGCCCUGGAGAAGGCGGAGCGGGACGGCCGGGCCCUCGCCGCCCAGAACCACAACCUCACGGCCAUGUUCGGCAGGGCUGACGCUGAAGCCAAGAAAGCUGAGGCGGCCUUCAAAACCCUCGAAACUAAGUUCAAAAAGGAGAUAGAGCAGCUGCGCAGGAUCAACAAGCAAGUCGACGAAGAGCUAAAGGCUCAGAGAGACCUGUCGAAGAAAACGGAGCUCGGCUUCAUGGGAGACCUAGAGUGCAUCAGGAAGGAGCUCAGCAGAGCCUGCAAGAACAACCAGGAGUUGGAGGUCACCAACAGCGAGCUGAAGGAGGAGAUUCUGAAGACGUCCUGUUUGAGUUGUUCAAACUGUCCAUCUGUACCACAUUGAUCUAAUGAAGACUAAGUUGUUUUGAAGCUAGCCAACUAAUUCUUCUUUGCGUGAAGGAAAACAACAAAAUGAAUCUAAUUUGCUCCACAAAAAUUCAUUCGAAUCCUGCUCUCGGACUGCGAUGCUCGUGUUCCGAAUGCGACUCUAUCGGGUGUUUCGCCAAAAGGAACAUCAAAAAUACAUGCCCGUGCUACGAUUGUGACAAUCCCACUACAUGCUUUUUCUAUAAGAACAAUAAUGAUGUUGAAAACAAAAAGUCUGUAACAAAAAUUGAAAAAGAAAACAAUCGAAUACGUAAUGCUGGAUCUAAAGUGUUUAAAAAAGAAAUUAAAUUAAAAUACGACAAGGAAAUGAACACCGACGAUCGACAUACAGAACGAAGAAUCCUUAUAAACAAAAUUACCAAAGAUCUCAACGAUGUCGAUAAACACGUUAUGAAACAUCAACGUAGUCUUUCGUUCACUUAUUCUAGAAGGGGAAACAAGCCUAAAAACAAUCCUAACACAGCCAAAUUGACCGCGGAAGUUAUGGACGUUCCCGUUGCAGACGUCGAAAAAGAAAUAAAUAAACCAUCUGAAAUGUCUUCAAUCGCUAAACUAUCGAAAUAUGAUAUUUUGAAGACGUUAAAGGAGGCUUACGCGGCGUGCACCUGUAAGAUAUGCGAAUGUGUUACAAGCAGUUUUGCACCAAGCACAUGCAAAUGUAAGCCAUGCGACUGCAGAGAUUGUGCCAAGCUCGUUAGUGACAAACCGAGUGGAUGUCCUUGUAUAAGGUGUGACAGAAGUCAGUGUAAAGGAAUCGCUAAUAGAUCCCGUGAACGAAACAUCUGUGACUGUGAUAGUAUCGAAUGCGCCGAUAGUGUACCUAAAGAAUGCGCAUGCAGACCGUGUCAAUGCCAAGUUUGCGAGAUGUUUAACUCAAAAGGGCCCGCCAAUGAAGACUGUAGCGGAUGUAAAUGUAGUCCGUGCGAUUGUAUUAGUUGCAAGUUUGUUCGAUUAUCUAUUAGUACGCAUGAUGCGUCUACAAACACGGAGAGCAGUCGCUUUUGUGACUGCGAAACCUGCCUAAUGGAUUCCUAUCGAACAGACGAAGAUCAGGAAUGCGAAUGUCCACCACCCCGCAAUAUUAUAACAAAACCAUUUAAAGAAGACAUUCACGAAUUUGAUAUUCGUAAUAUAAUGAUCAGCGAUCACAGGUCACCUUUGUUUGAGAGGAAUUUUAAGAGUAAUAAUUUUUACGAGUUUCCCAAGCCCAAAACAGAAAUUUCAAAGCAUCGUUGUGUUUGUGAUGACUGCGAAUGCAUUACAUGUGCAUGCAAAGAGAACAUCGCGAACGGAAUCAAAGCCUCAAAGCUAUUCCAUUGUCCGGAGAAGCGAAUUUCCUUCGAGCGGUUUGGCAUUAUGGAAGAUUUAAGUAACAGCAGUCACGUAGAAUUUCGGAAUUCAUGUACGUGUGGAAUAUGCGAAUGCUUGAAUUGUGAACGAGCUAAUAACGAAACCUACGACUCUGGCAGGAAGACUAAAUCACAAUUUCAUAAUAUGUUUGGGCAUCGGCAAUAUAGUAUAGACAAUUUCAAUGCUUCUGAAAGCGUAAUAUGUCCUCUUCAUAAAGACCAUUGGACUCCAUUGAAGUUUGACAGAAGAUCCAAAGAUAAUAAUUAUAGUCAAAAUAAUUUAAUGACUAAUAAAGGAGCUCGCGGUAUUUCUGUGGCCUUUACUGAUGACUUCGACAGCACUGUCUUCUCUGAUUAUUCGCAAAAAAAAUUGAUUAACAUAACGGAAAAUCACAAUUACAAAAAUGUAUUUGAAAAUAACGGUAACUUCCAUCAAAAAGAUGAUUUUUUCACAGAAAGUAAAUAUUCUGCCAACAAUUGUAACAGGAACAGAAAGGUAUCAAAUACGGAACCAGAUCAUGAUAUCUUGACUAUAAAAAAUAGUAUUUAUUAUGACGCCUCGUCAUUUCCGGUUUUUGAUAAUGAACGAAGGAUUUCGGCCGAAAAUAUCCCAAAUAACUCUAAUUCUAAUUAUUACAAUUCUGUCAGAAAAUACAUAAGAGAUAUAUUAGCUGAUGUUUUACAUUUUUCCCUAAAUACGAUAAAUUUUCAAGAUGAAAAUAAAAAAUAUAAACAGGUCAAAAUUGGAAACUCUUGUAAAGGACAAUCUAAAACCAUGAAUAAAGGCUCAAAACUUAUCAAAGUGAAUUCGCGAACGGGCGGUAACUUUAAAUUUAAUUCGAACAAAAAUAUAGCAGAUCAGUCAAUCAAUAAUUGCGAAAUUAAUGAUUCAUUUUUUAAACUCAAUGUUGAAAUAGACCGUCCUAAAGCGCGUACUGAUAAACUGGAAGUUAAUACUAAAAUAGCUUUUAAAGGAAGGAAUUCUUGUAAGGAAUUGUCAGCAACAAGCUUAAAAUUAAAUGACGGAAUAAAACAUUCACCUACAACCAUUACGAGAAAUAGCGAUGGCAUAAACGAAGAUAAAGAUUACGAAAGGGUUAAAAGGACGCUGCAAAAAGCAAAGGAUUUUUCAAUGAAACUAAUGAAAGUAUUGGAGCACUAUGAAAAAGUUAAUAAAGAACACAAAGAUAUUUCGAUGAAUAAAUCAUUGUAAGAAAUAGUAAAAAAAUUCUCAAACACAAUUUCUUAAUGAAUUUUGUCAAAAAUAAUGUGAAAUGUUCAGCAUCGAAUAAAAACUGGAUUAAUGAA